CGGGGAUUUCCUGAGGAAGUCGGAGCAAGGGGGCUUUCCAGUUACUAGAAUUGACAUCAACAAGCACACGGUACACUGGUGUUUCUCUUUUACCUUUUUCUUUCCACAGACGAUCUGCGCAAAAUUUUCAACGACAUCGGACGCUCAACAAUGAAAUGGUUUGAUGGCUCGGCCGCUGCUGCCCGAGUGAAAGCCAGCAAGGAGGAGGAGGAGGACUGCUUUCUCCGCGAAAAUUAGACGCCCGUGUGCUCUGGACUGUCUUUCAUGAGUGGCCGUGGCUCUAUCUGCUAUUACAUUGUUCAGAGAAACAUUGGACGACGUGUCUAACUGAUUCAUGUCAUGUCAGCGGGGCGCAGUGUGGACGGGCGGGAGCAGCAGGUGGUGCUGCAGCAGUGCUUCCACCCUCCGCACGGAGGCUUCAGAGACCACUUUGUCAUGCGGCCAGAGUCCAAGUACUGCUGUGAGUUCUGCCAUGAGGUGCUGUGCAAACCGCGCCAGACUGAAUGUGGCCACCGUUUCUGCGAAAGUUGCAUCGGUGACCUGCUCUGUGAACCUAAUCCAGUGUGUCCAGCUGACAGGGAACCACUACUUGAAGACAAGAUAUUCCGGGAUGUCUGCUGCCAUAGAGAGAUUAUGACUUUGAAGGUCUACUGCAGGAGUGCUAAGAAUGGCUGUAAAGAACAAAUGAGUCUACAGCAGCUUAUGGAACACUUGAACGUGUGCGAGUACUUUGAAGUGCCCUGCCCCUUGGGGAAGUGUAAAGAGAAGAUCAUGAGGAAGGACAUGGCUGAGCACUUGAGCCGCAAAUGCAAACACCGGGAGACCACCUGUGAAUACUGCAAACACAAAAUGGCUCUCACGGAGCUACAGAAACACAAGGAAACAGUGUGCCCUGCAUAUCCAGUAGCCUGCCCUAAUCACUGUUCGUUUUCAUCGAUGUUAAGGAGUGAGCUGUCCAGUCACCAGCAUGACUGUCCAAAGGCUCAAGUCACAUGCUCCUUUUUUCGUUUUGGUUGCUCCUACAAGGGUUUAAACCAGGACAUGAGGGAGCACGAGUCAAGCUUUGCCUCAGAACACCUACGAAUGAUGGUGGCCAGAAACAACACAUUAGAAGCCAAAGUGGAAGAUGUCAAGAGUGAGCUGUUGGAACGCUACAAGGUCCUCCCAAGUCUGAGCAGUCGUCUUACAGAAGUGGAUGUGCAGUAUGAAGAGAUGAGAGAGAAAUAUCGGGUGCUGGAUCAGAAGCUAGCCUCCAUGCAGAAGCUGAUGAGUGCUCACUCGGAGAAACUGCUGGAGGUUGAGAUGGAGCUGAGGGAUUUGCGGCCACUGCGGGCUAUGCGGGAUGAAGUGGAAGCUUUGAGGGGUGCUGUGGAGAGCAUGCGCUCUGUGGUAGCUUCACUCGAUUCCACCCGUACCGGUACUGGUACACACACCCUAGCCUCCUUAGAAACCCAGCUGUCACGGCACGACGAGAUGCUCAGCGUACACGACAUCCGGCUGGCAGACAUGGACCUGAAGUUGCAAGUGCUGGAGACGGCCAGCUUCAACGGGACGCUUAUCUGGAAGAUAAGGGACUACAAGAGGCGGAAAGCAGAGGCAGUGGCCUCCAAGACACUCUCCCUCUACAGCCAGCCGUUCUACACGGGCUACUUCGGCUACAAGAUGUGCGCCCGUGUCUACCUGAACGGUGAUGGCAUGGGCAAGGGCACACACCUGUCACUCUUUUUUGUGGUGAUGCGCGGUGAGUAUGAUGCACUGCUGCCAUGGCCUUUUAAGCAGAAGGUGACGCUUAUGCUGAUGGACCAGGGUCCGACGCGAAAGCAUCUGGGUGAUGCAUUCAAGCCUGACCCUAACAGCAGUAGCUUUCGCCGGCCCACUGGAGAGAUGAACAUUGCCUCGGGCUGCCCGCUCUUCGUGGCCCAGACUGUGCUGGAAAAUGGCACCUAUAUCAAGGACGACACCAUCUUCAUCAAGGUCACAGUGGAUACCUCGGAUUUGCCUGACCCAUGACUAUCACCUUAGCCCUAUGGUUCUUGUCCCAAGGGCCUGGUGCCCGAUGAGGACAUUGUUAGGCCACAGGGGAGGGAAAAAAGAGCUGGAUCUGGUGAGAAGAAUAAGGAGAAACACAUGAGUAUCCUAAGAGACCUCAGUCUCAGGUUUCUGCUCCUGAGGAUGGCGUGUUCUUUUUUUUUAAGGUCACGAUUUGUUUAGGGAUGGUGGCUGGUGGCCUCUGAUUGCGUUUGUCACAUUAACCAGGGUAGUGCAGGUCUCAGAUGGCUACAGUUCAAGAAUGGAGCAUAAAGAGCAAAAGCUUUUGCAACUCUAAUUAAGCUUAAUUUAGUAUCUGUACUGGUGUUGGCUGAGAGAAAUGGUAUGAGACAGUAGGUAACUGACAACAUGAUGAGCCUGACCAACUGUUAACAAAUAGGCAUAAAAAAGAAAAAAGGGAGAUAUCCAUGUAUCUGUUUGACAUCAACAGAUGGCUUAAUCAAUUUUUUAACAUGGAGAUGUAAUAAAACAUCCAUAUUGACAGAUAAGCCUUCAUAUUUGGCGAAAAUAAGAACAUGAGAUGCAUUGGGUUCUAUUGUAUCCAUUGAAAAUUGAUGGUUUUGUAAAACACCUUUAAGUGUCGUGUUCAGAGGAGUUCGUAUAGAGCUGACUUUUGUGACUAGGAUGUGUUCUGUGUGUGUAUGUGGCCAGUGGUAGAACGUAUCUUUUUGGUGCACUGGUUUUAAUGCACCAGGGCCACAAAGCAUGAAGAUAUAAGUUGGGUGCACUAAAUCCUGUGCUAAUGCUCCUUCAUUAUGGAGCAAUCUUUUUUUUUUUAUGCAUGUAAACCUACAAUACUUACAUGACUUAUCCUUGUCAACUGUGUUUACUAUUUUGACACAUUAUUUUUUGUAAUGUUAAACAUUGAUAGAUGCUGUGCAUCAGAAUAUAGUUUUUUUUUUUAACACCAUUUGAAAUACUAGCCUAUAUAAGUCUGCAACAAUGCAGGCUAAGACAUUUAUAGUUAUUCAGAUCACUUUUAACGGGGCGAAUGAUAUUUGCACAAAUAUUGUUUUUGAAUGUGUAGUACAAAUGUAUAAGUAUAUGGAAUAUAAAAUGAUGGA